AUGUUCAAGAAGAAGCCUACGAUCAAAAACUUGUCUCCCCUUAGAUCUUCCGAUCGGAGGAAAAUAGCCGAUCAGAUCAUCAAAGACUAUCAAGUCCCCGUUCCCUCCUCCGCAGAGACAACACCCGCCCCGAAUACAGCGAGCCUGAGCGCAGUACGAAAUGCAUUGCUCCCAGAGAAUGCAUUGACUGCACGCUUCACAACAACUGCCGGUCCGGACCUGCGAGAGGUGCAAGGUAUUGUGUAUGUUGGUGCACAUACAGAUGGCGACGAGCGAGUGCUUUGGUUCAAGAUCGAACAUGGCCCCGGAGCCGAUAAGCGCCUCUAUCCGACCGUCUAUACCUUGUGGUCGAACCCGAAAUUGGUGCCCUUACUAUACACACCAGAGAUGGUGAUGCAGAAGCUUCAUGCCGGAGCGGAUUUGAUGACUCCCGGGCUUGCGAAUGAGCCUCCUUUCCCACAGCAGGCUGUCCAGGGAGCUGUGGUGGCUGUUGCUGGUCUGAAUAAACACAGCGUACCUCUAUUCGUCGGAUUGUGUGAGAUUGAUGUUUCUGCGCUGGGAGAGGUUCAAGGGACAAAGGGAGUUGCUGUGCGAGGUUUACAUUGGGAGGGCGAUGAACUCUGGGCUUGGAGCUCAUCAUCACGGCCGGGACGUCCAGCUCCCGAAUAUCUUGAGGGAUGGGACGAGGAAGUUGAGGACAAAGUUGAGAAAGCCGUUGCUGAUCUCACUUUGGAGGAAACGCCAGCUGGUGACGCCGUUGAUGAUGCGCCCGCUGUUGAAGAACCUGCUAUGCAGGAGCCCACGACAGAUGAAAUUGAUGAUGCUUUCAUCAAGGCCUUCGUUUUUGCUCUCUACAAGCUCAAGCAGGACAACCCUGACGCCCCUAACCACAACCUUGCUCUACCGAUAUCACCUUCCAUGUUGGUAGCAAACAUGAUUACCCCCUACCUUCCGAUCUAUUCCCCACAGCAAACUCAGUUCUAUAACAUCAAAAAGACCAGCUGGAAAAAUGUGAAGAAAUUCAUCAAACAUCUGGAUAAAAUGCAGCUGGUCAAGUCCAAAGACCGCAGUGGCCAAGAAACAUACAUUUGGGAUGUUGAUUUUGAUGACCAUCACGUUCAGAGAUUCGUGCCAUACAGACUUCCAUCGAAGAGCGUUCUAGAGUCUGCUUCAGAGAGCAAGAAACCUGUUGCAACCGGGGGCGCAGAUCCCUCGGUGGGACAGACACUUAAUGUUCAAACUCUGUACAGGCCAACCCAGAAGUUGACCCCAGACAUUUUCCCUGCUCUCUCUACCACCAGCCCGAAGAACUACUACAAAUACUCGGAAGUUUCUUCCCACCUGGACCAAUAUGUCCAGUCCCAAAACCCACCUCUAGUUUCAAGCGAUAACCGACGCAUCAUCAACCUCAACCCAUACCUUGCCAACACCAUUUUCUCAUCUUCAUCCUCAGAGGACUUAGGAGCCCUGAAGCGCAAAAUGGUUACCCGCGACGGGCUACUCAAGCGCAUCAUCGAGGACCAUGUCUUCUUACAGCCUUACUAUGCGAUCCUCAAACCUGGUCAAACUCUUGCAGACGUCAAGCCCAAGGCAGGCGCUUCACCAAAGGCAGUCAUUACUCUCGAAAAGCGAACUGGCUCGAAGACCGUCACAAAGAUUACCAACCUAGAAGUCUUCGGUAUCAUCCCCAGUCUUUUGGCCGAAGAGCUCCAAAAGAAAUGCGCCAGUAGUACCAGCGUUACGCAAGCUGUUGGUGCUCCCAAGGGAGUGAUGGAAGUCUUGGUGCAGGGUGACCAACGAAAGAUUCUGGAUACGGCUCUCACACGCCGUGGGCUGAAGAGUCAAUGGAUUGAUGUGGUUGAUAAAACCAAGAAGAAAAAAUAG